AUGACACCCAAGCGUCAAGAAGCUGAGCCAGUUGAUCCCAGCCCCCUAGGUCAACCCCUCCCCUUCGCCUUCAGCGGCAAGACGGCCAAGAACCGUUUGCUCAAGGCCGCCAUGACAGAGCGACUGUCCUCUUGGGAUCCCAAGAAACUCGAGGCGCGCGGUGUUCCUUCAAAAGAGCUCGUCAAUGUGUACAAACGCUGGGGCGAGGGUGACUUUGGCGUCAUCCUGACCGGCAACGUCAUGUUCGAGUAUGACCACCUGGAGGCUGCUGGCAACCCCAUCAUCCCUCGCGAUGCCCCCUUUUCCGGUGAGAGGUUUGAGGCCUUCAAGGACUUGGCAACUGCAUCAAAAGCACACGGGAGCUUGGUAGUUGCCCAGGUCAGCCACCCAGGACGGCAAGUUACCGACACCAUUCAGCCACACCCCAUUUCCGCAAGCGAUGUCCAGCUCGAAGGUGAUAUUAUGGGCAUGAAGUUUGCCAAGCCCAGGGCUAUGGAGGACAAGGACUUCAAAGACGUGAUCGAGGGAUUUGCCCACGCUGCGGAGUACUGCUACAAGGCCGGAUACGACGGUAUCCAGCUUCACGGCGCCCAUGGUUAUCUUUUGGCCCAGUUCUUGUCAUCAACGACAAACAAGAGGACCGACAAGUAUGGCGGUUCAGUGGAGAACCGCGCCAGAAUUAUCAUCGAGAUUGCGGAUGCUGUCCGUCAACGUGUAACCGACCCGGCCUUCAUCGUCGGCAUCAAGGUGAACAGCGUCGAGUUCCAAGAAGGCGGCUUCUCGCCCGAAGACUGCAAGGUUCUGUGCGGUCUACUUGAGCAGCAUCGCUUCGACUUUGUGGAGCUGUCUGGCGGCACGUACCAGUCUCUCGCCUUCCAGCACAAGCGCGACUCGACAAAGAAGCGCGAAGCCUUCUUCCUCGACUUUGCCGAGCAGAUCAUUCCCGAGCUGAAGCAGACCAGGUCGUAUGUCACUGGAGGCUUGCGCUCGGCCAAGGCCAUGAUCGACGCCCUCAAGACCGUGGACGGCGUUGGCCUCGCACGACCUGUUUGCAAUGAAUUUGAUCUCCCUCACAAGCUCAUCACCGGAGAGGCAGCGAGCGCUGUUGAUGCGCUCAUCGACGAGCAGAACUUUGGUCUCACAAAUGUGGCUGCUGGCACACAGAUAAAACUUGUUGGAAAGGACAAGCAGCCGCUCGACCUCAGCCGUGAGGAUCACCUGCAACAGUUCAACGAGUCGAUGAACAAAUGGGCCGAGGGUAUGGCAGACAACGCAGACCAGUCCAAGUACGGGUUCGUGGACAUCGACGGAGUCCAGCUCGAACCGUAUGGCACUCCUUAUGCCGCAGCAUAA